AAAUUACCGGAUUUUCCCGCUAAUACCCGAGAGAACGGGCACCUGCUGAAGAAGGGGGGAUAACUCUUUCAAACGCAUGCGCAAGUUGAGUUCCUGCUGAUUGUUGAUCGCUGUCAUCGUUGACUCAAAGCUGAAGAUUUUCAGUUAUAACAACAAAUGAAGACUAUUCGGGAUAUUCGGUUUUAGGGGAGCCAGUCACGAACUGUUCUGCCAGAUGCCAUGUGUGAACUGCAGGCCACCUUGGAGUUCUCGGUGGAGCUCAACAAGUUCUACAAUGUAGACCUCUUCCAAGAGGGUGACUAUUAUCAAGUACGAUGUGCACUGAAGACUCCACCCAAAGCCCCUGCCAAGACAGAAGUGAGCAUCGCCAAGUCCCCUGCCAGUCAGGGAGGUAACCAGAGCCUAUCAGCUACCAUUAUCAAUGAUGUUGCGGUCAGCAAAACGUUCCAGAUAUUGUACCGCAACGAGGACCUGCCUGUCAAUGAUGUGUUCUUGUACCGGAUACACACUUUAGUUGACAGUACCAAGCUGCUGGACAGUUUGGAGAGGUUAGACCUGCAGUUGGCUGUGGAGCUAUGGUUCGGAGACGAGGAGAAUGGGUCAGUGCUACAGGACAAGAUGGAGUGUGUGAGUGUCCGCACCCUGCAGCUGCACUUCCAGCCCACCAAGGGGGUGCACCACCAUGUCCCCAUCUUGUUUGACUACUUCCAUCUCUCCACCAUCGAGGUCAGCAUACAUGGAACCCUCAUCGCCAUUCAUCAGCCAUAUCUCAACAUGCCUCGCCCCCCGAAGACAGCCUGGGCCAACAAGUGUGCUGACCAGUCUACCCUGGAGGCAGUGUACUUCGGUCAGCGACCUCCCACAGGGGCGCCGUCCCCGAACGUUACAAGGAAGCAACAGGCCCAUCUCACCCAUAAACUCAUCUGCAACAUCCUCCUAUCCUCGUAUGAGAGUCUGCAGUCUCACCUCAUGAUGUACCUCAACAAAAUGCCAGCUUCAACCAACUUCAAACUUGAACCAAAAGACUGUCAUGCGAGAUUAGAAAAAGUCCUCAUCAAUAUAUUGCAUCUGGACGAUGAGGAUGACAUGCUACAGACAGUGAUCACUGACAUCACCCAGCUGUGUGCCGAGAACGUUAUCCUGUGGAACCAAUUCCUUGAGGUGGUCACCCUCAGGCCCAAGAUCCAGGAAUACCUCGCCCAGGAGCAUCAUACAGCACGGGUUAGUAGGGGGAAGGGCAUCACAUCAGACAGGACCAGAAGGGGAGGAGCAUCACACAGAGGGGUAAAUAGGGGAGGAGCAUCACACAGAGAGGGGGGAGGAAACACAAGUCAGGACAACGUGGAGGAGGAGCACUGCACAGGACAUGACCCCAGGACAAGUAGGGAGGAACAUCACACAGUGUGGAAGACCACACAGGACCCCAGCAACAACGUGAGGAUGAGAAAGGGAGGAGCCAUCAACUUUGACAAUAACGUGGAGGAAAAAGCAACAACGGAGCAACAACGGGAGGUGGGUUAUGGUCUGUAUGUUCCCUCCUAUUGCUGCAGCAUCCACGGCCACGCUGACCUGGCCAGCCUAGUGAAGAACUCAGUGUAUUUCCAAAGCAUUCCAUCCCUGCCUGUGGAGUGUGCAGACCUGGACGGAGACUUCACCUCCCUGCCCAUCAUCUUCGAGGACAUCUACCACGACCAGUGGCAGAACUCAUAUGAACUGGCUAAGAGGAAGAGUACCAUUAUCCGUCAGAAAACUGAGGAGGAGAAGGAGAAAGAAAAAGUCACCAAGUCUGAUUCAAGUUCCACCGUCAACUCGCAGACCAGUGAUCAAGGCACCUCCCCCAAUAAAGCGUGGGUAAAGUCACGCAAAAAGUUCAUCAAAAACAUCAAACCUGAAGCUUUUCGACGACCUUCAUCGUACUCGUGCAGCGAUGCAGAGCUGAGUGUACACAGUGAUGCCAAGGGCGCUGUGGCAACUCCAAAUAAAGACGCUCAAGGUGUAACACUGGUUGGGUAUCGGAAGAAAGAACCAUUUGAGUUGGACUCGGUUGGCGUUCAACUGGGUACACUCAGUCCAGCAACUGGGUUGUCCCAGCCGAAUCUAGCAAGUCCUUCAACCUACUCCUUCAAUUCUGUGUCCAUGCCUUCUUUGUUUGUGAGAUCCUGUUGGAGCAGGACCAGUGUUAACUCGCUACCUGACUUGACUGAUUUAUCAAAACAUAGGGGCGACACUCUUGAAACACUUCAACACAAUUUAUCACUGAAGAACGGAAAUGCACCUGCUUCAAGCCGUGCUCGCUCGGCACACAGGUCUCACACUGCUCCCAUUCCACAUCAAUCCGGCCAGAACUUACCUAAACAGGAUGAUUUCACCUCUGCUAGUGAUAGUGCUAAUUGUUCGAAGUCAGCUGAGACACAGGGGUCAAAAGAUCACUCGUGUAAUUCUACAGGUACCUCAACGAAGUCAGUUCGACAAACUUUAGAUUUUGAUAAAACAUGUUAUGACAGUUUAGCGAAAGGAAUAAGUCAGGCUUUAGGAGAGAGUGAAGACAAAGUUCCAGUAGAUUCUGAUAGUGAGGACAAACCAGACAGUGAUGCUCAUGUUGCUAAUGGGUACGAUGAAUUCAUGGAAUCACAUUCUGGUGCCACACGAGAGGGUGAAGUGUCAAAGACAAAACCAGUCUCUGUAGCCUCGAGUGUACAAGAGUCUGCUCUUGGCACCAGUGGGGUGGAUAGUGCCUUAGGAAGUGAAAUCUCACUACAAGAUGGAGCCACUGUGGCCGAGACUGUGUCAACUGUGUCAAAAGACAGUGGUUUAAACAUGAAAAGUGACGUCACAUCCGUCAUCGUUGUAGACAACACGGAUACUGCUUCAGUUGUAUCUGAAAACUGCAGUAGUAGUAAAAUAUCAAUUCUUGAACUUCUUAAAGAAGAGUAUGCAAAAUCCAAUCCUGGUGAGAAAAUACAUUUAUCAGACGAGCAUUUAGAUAUAAGUACCUCUAUUAAGUCUAAUCUUGGCUGUCAUCGGGCAUCGAGCGACACGGACAUUAUCCGGAACAUUGAAGAGGAGAAGUGGAAGGAGGACAUUGGAGGUGUUGUGAUGAGGCGCAGUGACGGCAUGCCACAGCCUCGUGGACGAGUACUCUCAUCAUCAUCAUCAUAUCCCGAGUUGAGCAGGUAUGGCGAACCAGAGAAACCCAAACUGGUGUCCGCGAUUGGCCACAACACCGUAAAUUUUGUCACGUUGAGGGAGCGGAUGAAAUUGGAGAUGAAAUACCAGGGUCACCUGUACAGCGAGGCCUCCCAGCUGGCUUCCAGCAUGCCAUACUUUCAGGUCCCAGACGUCCUGGAUGACGGCGGCCAGGAUGGCAUCCACCUCAUUGUGUGUGUCCACGGCCUGGAUGGUAACAGUGCUGACCUGCGACUGGUACGGACGUACAUCGAGAUGGCGUUGCCAGGUUACAAGCUGGAGUUCCUCAUGUCCGAGAGGAACCAGCUGGACACUUUCGCUGAGUUUGAGGUAAUGACAGUGCGUCUGGUGGACGAGAUCCUGUCCUACAUCGACAUCUAUGGACUGCAUAUUGCUAAGAUCAGUUUCAUUGGUCACUCUCUUGGAAACAUCAUCAUCCGCUCGGCGCUGUCACAGCCACAACUCGCCCACCUGUUGCCAAAACUGUACACCUUUCUGUCUCUGUCCGGCCCUCAUCUUGGAUCUAUAUACAAUACGAGCGGUCUCGUCAAUAUGGGAAUGUGGUUCAUGCAGAAAUGGAAAAAGUCUGGGUCCCUGCUUCAGCUGAGUAUGAAGGACCAGCCUGACCCGCGCCAGUCCUUCCUCUACAAGCUCAGCUGCAAGCCAGUCCUCCAACAUUUCAAGCAUGUGCUGCUAGUUGGUUCCAAUCAAGACCGUUACGUGCCCUAUCAUUCAUCACGCAUUGAAUAUUGCAAAGCUGCUCAGCGGGAUGGCGGACUCAUGGGGUCGGUGUACAAGGAGAUGGUGGAGAACACCCUCAAGCCAGUGGUGGACAACCCAGGAUGUAAGCUGAUCCGCUACGAUGUGUUCCAUGCACUGUCCAGUACCGCCAACACCAUCAUUGGACGUGCUGCCCACAUUGCUGUCUUGGACUCCGAGCUCUUCAUUGAGAAGUUCUUGACUGUUGCAGGUCUCAAAUACUUCAAAUAAGUGGCUCUGAAGGAGAGUCAGAAAUGGCUAGUUAAUUAAUACGAGGCUGGUGCCCCGUAAAGACAUCAAAUCUGUGAGGCUGUAAAGACAUAAAGUGAUGGCAGUUUAUAACAAGAUGGCAUCUACAGAUGACAAUCCCAACAAGUUGAGAGAUUUGUUCUGUACUUAUAUAUUUACAUUUAUUUUUACUGAAUAUUUGACUCUGUUAUAUUAGAAUUUUGUGAUACUGAUGACAUUUUAUAGACAUUCUAUACGCAUGCUUUACUCCAUGGAUAUCAAAGGUCCAGAAACACCAGGAAACCUGUGAGUGCUUGCUGGAGAUGAGAAAAACCUUCGAAUAUUAUUCCUGGCGUUCCCAAAGACUGGAACAUUGCUGAAAGUGUAAGAGAAACACCUCACUCAUUCUCAGAGCAGGAUCAGGUCUCUGUGGUGGCUCAAGACUUGACAGUAUUCAUUCUGCAGGUUGUGUUCAUUUUAUCUCUUAAGAUCAUUUAGAUGAAGGCAGCCAUAUUUGUUCUGAGAUCUAUUGAUCUACAAUAAGAAAGUUCAUUACAGCUUGUAAAGUUUUUGUCAAGAUGUUUGUUUCAAUGAAAUGCUGGACGUUCCAUCACCCUGUUACAUAUGUACUCUCUACAUAACCACUGUCUGGCUGAAGGUAGCACUGUAGUUCCACAUACAUGACUCUCUGGUGGUAUUACGUCAUCAGAUAGCUGCCUUGACCUUGGUACCUCACAUGACCUUGGCAUCCCAUGUUCAACUCUCCAGCUCUGGGUUCAGUCAUAUAGCAAAGGUCUAGUUCACUGUUAUUUCAGAAACGUAUUAUAGAAGCAGCAAGGACAAUAACAAGAUAUCUCAGUAUGUAUUACCUGGAAGCAUACCAGUUUCUUUCUAUCACUGCAAUCAAGUUAUUGUAUUCCGUGUUUCAAACUGAAGCAUCACAAGUCAACAAAGAAAAUUGCACCCAAAAAUACUGAUCACUAGUUUACAGCAAGGCUUAUUUUAACAGAAAAUACAAUUGUAAGUGAUCAUAUUUGAUAAUCUUUCAUGGGAGUAUUAUCUUUUUAGACCGAGUUUGUAAUCUCACCUGAAUCAAACAAUGUAGGAAGAUAUUCUUCAUGUUCAAUCAAACAACAAUGCAUGAUUCAAUGCAGAAAGAGGUAUUGGUGUUGGACGUAUUGUCCAUGGAUGUCCGUCUGUGUGUUGGGUGUCUGUUCAACAUCCACAUCAAAGGGAGUGUAUUUUUUAUUAUAUUUCCUGUAGUUUAAUAUGACAAAUUAGUAUCAUAUUCACUCAAGAAUAGGAACAUUACAUCAUAGGUAAUCAGAAUCCUAGUAGACAACUCCUGACUGGUUGCCACGACAACAAGUCAAAGGGUUGGCUCGGUGGGAUGGAGAGGCAGUGAUGUAGGGGUGGGAUGUGAUGAU